GUCGUGGUCGUCGUCGUCGUCGUCGUCGUCGUCGUCGUUGUCGUUGUCGUCGUCGUUGUUGUUGUCGGGAAAUGCGUCGGGUGUUGCAUCGUUGACUUGGAGGGGCAAGUUUCGUCUCUCGCGCAACUUUCGUUCGUCACACGGUAACGGGCUCUCGCGCACCCCGCGCACCUUUGUUCGCGAGCUGUGUACGCGUACGCGUGAGAAGGACCGAGGAGAAGGACUUGCGUGCGCGUUUCCAGGCGAUUCUGCGUACGCGACGGAGAAGAGUCGCGUAGACGUGUGUGUCGUCGUCGCCGUUGGGCAUUGGACGCGCUCACGCUCCUUCUCCCAUCGCUCAAGAGAGCGACUACCGCGAUUGAUUGAACCCGCGGGACCCGCGGUUCCGCGCUCGUUUACCCGUGGGAGACGUCACCGUCCCGGACCGUCCGUCCAUCCGUGACUAUACUCGACGCGACGCGCGAGGAUCGGAACGUUCUCGUCCGUUCGCAGUGAUAGACACAUUGUGAAAGAAGGAGAGAGAGAGAGAGAGAGAGAGUGGAGAGACAUGGCACAGCCGACGAGCAGCGCGCUACGGGCGCUCGCCCUGGAGUACAAGAGCCUGCAGGAGGAGCCCGUCGAGGGAUUCCGCGUCAAGCUCGUCAACGAGGACAACAUGUUCGAGUGGGAAGUCGCGAUCUUCGGUCCGCCCGACACUCUCUACCAGGGCGGAUAUUUCAAGGCACACAUGAAGUUCCCGCCGGAUUACCCGUACAGUCCACCGAGCAUUCGUUUCAUGACAAAAGUUUGGCACCCGAAUGUAUAUGAGAACGGUGAUCUGUGCAUAUCAAUUCUGCAUCCACCGGUUGAUGAUCCACAGAGUGGAGAGUUACCUUGUGAGAGGUGGAAUCCAACUCAAAAUGUCAGGACCAUCCUGCUAUCAGUGAUCUCAUUGUUGAACGAGCCCAAUACGUAUAGUCCAGCCAACGUUGACGCGUCCGUGAUGUACAGACGUUGGCGUGAUUCCAAAGGAAGAGACAAAGAAUAUGAAAAUAUCAUAAGGAAACAAGCUCAAGCUGCCAAGAUGGAAGCAGAAAAGGAAGGUAUUGUCGUGCCUGUAACUCUGGAGGAUUAUUGCAUAAAGACUCGUGCGAGGCCGGCCGAACAGCAGCUAGAUAUGACGGACUUCUACGAUGACGAGUACGAGUUGGAUGACGAUGAGGAUGAGCAGUUGAGCGCGACCGAUUACGAGGACGGCGACGAUAGUGGCAAUGGAGAAUCGUGAUCCAUUUCUUAAAUGAUAAUAAUAAAAAAACCCGCGAAUCCGCUAAUUAUAUAUCAGUUCUGUAUAGAUUAAUAAAUUAACGAGCUUCUAAACCGGAUGAUCUCUCUAUUUUUUUCAGAUACGUUAUCAAAAUUCAAAUAUUCUUUUGUUGGAAAAGAACAAAGUAUUUUAAGAAAAAUUUAAAUAAGAUUGUCUCUCUUAAACCAUCGCUAAUUAUUGUUAUUUAAGUUUUUAAACAAAUUUAUAUCUGUAUAAUGGGCAAAGCCUUACGUGGAUCUGUUUAUUUCAGUAGUGUAUAUAUACUAUAUUCACACACGCGCACACUCACACGUAUGCUUUAAUAUAAUUUUAUAUUUUCAAUUAUGUCAAAUCGCAAAAUAUUCACAAGUGGGCUGCAAAUUAAACAUCACUAUUACAGUUUAUUAUAAUGAUAUAGUUUUAUAUAUAACUUAUUAUAAUUUGUUUCUUAAAAAAUAAAAUAAUUUUCAUGAUUUCUUAUCAUGAAGUAAAAGCUAACUGCUUGAUGGUUUAUGAAAGGUAAUAUUCUUUAACUCUCGCACUGUCAAAAUAUUUAUUAGACAGCGAAAAUUGGAUCAUUUUGUGAUGAAUAUUUACUCAUUAUAUCGCGCGUUUAGAAAAUCUAAUUAUUUAUAUUGUGUAAUACGUAAUAUAUUAAACAUACAUAUUAAGCUUAAUAUAUGUGUUACACAAAAUGAUAUGGUACGGUGUAUGUAUGAAAUACAAUACUCCGCAAAAAUUCAUUUAAUUUAAAUUAUGUAAAAAAUUAACCCAGAAUUACAAAGGAUUAAGAAUGAUUCAGUUUUGAGCGAGAGUUAAUAGAAAGGAAAUUGGAAUAUUAAUUAUCGUAUGAAAUUAUAGAGAAUUCCGUGCUUACAAGCUCUUUAACUUAAGCAAUAUGCAUACGACGCGCGUGCGUACGAUAUGGAUAUAAAUGGAUAGGAGCACUUUGCUUGUUGUGUUGUGGCUGGCACUUUGAUCCUUUUAAAUAGGAACGGACCAAUUGAUUUACCUUGCAAUGACAAACGUUCGAUAAAAAUGAUCAUAUAAUAUAUGUAAGUACUGUAAGUACAUGAUCAAUUUUUUUUACAUUGGGCAUCUAGUUGCAUGCCUCUUAUUCAAAGUUGUAAAUGGGUACAUCAAUUGAUCCUAAAAGUAUAUCUACAUAUAAAAUUUGCAUUGUUUUGGAUAAUUAUUUAUGUUACGAUAACACAAAAGAAAAAAAAACAGGAGAAGAAUUCAAUCUAGUGUAAGAAAAAAUAAGCUGCCGAAAAAGAUUUGUUAAAAAUUGUCAGUAAUAAAUUUCACAUCUCUCACACGUUAGAAUCCAUGUUAUAUAUUGAUAUCAUUAAUUAUAUUUAUAUAUGUAUGUGCAUCUAUAUAUCGAUGUAAUCAUACCAAUAUUUUCGCCGUAUUAUUUUAUUGAAUUACAAAAUGAAGUUAAUAGCAA